UACUUGGCAGGCACUUAAACAAGCGGAUGUUCUGUUAGCAUUUCUUUUUUGUUGAUUCCUGCUAAACACCUCAAGAAGUCGCAGUAUAAUUUUUGACCAGACACCCAAACUGGAAAAGAUACGUAUUGUAGCAGCGCAAUGGAGGACUGACGUAGCAGCACUGCAGUUUUAUUUUGUUUGUCAAGCCCGUGAGUCGGAUAUUUAACUGAAGCUAGUUAGCAUUAGCGUCGCUAUUGAGGCCAAAGAGGCUGCAGUGUUCCUGAUAGUUGUGUUUGUUUUGGAGUCCGACAGACCAUUAUUCGUGGACUCCUGUUAAAUUAUCAACCCUUCUUGAGGAGUGGCUGCGCCCAGGGCAUGGUGGUGAACCGUGAAAGCUUCACGUUCUGCGCUAAAAGUUGAACUUUGAUGGUUUAGCAGUAGGCUAGCUGAAAAAGGAAAAGUGCAGCCAUGGACGAUUUCAGCUCGAUCAGCCUGCUGUCUCUUGCGAUGUUGGUGGGAUGUUACGUGGCCGGAACGAUACCUCUUGCUGUCAACUUCUCGGAGGAGAAACUGAAGCUGAUCACCGUGCUGGGAGCAGGGCUGCUUUGUGGAACAGCGCUGGCUGUUAUCAUUCCCGAGGGGGUUCACGCACUUUAUGAAGAGAUCCUUGAAGGCGCUCACCACAGCCACAGUGGGGCCGGGGCGGCCGAAGUGUCCGAGGCCAAAGUGGACGCGGGGGCGGCUCUGGACGCCACGGGGAAACACGAGCAUGGCCACGAGCAGCUGCACGCCUGCAUCGGCAUCUCCCUGGUGCUGGGCUUCGUCUUCAUGCUGCUGGUGGACCAGAUAGGCAGCUCUCACGUUCACAACGCCGAAGAUCCGGAGUCGGCAAGAGUCAACAGCUCGAAAAUCACCACUACUCUGGGACUUGUAGUCCAUGCUGCAGCUGACGGAGUGGCGCUAGGAGCUGCUGCCUCAACGUCUCAGACCAGCGUUCAGCUCAUUGUUUUUGUAGCUAUUAUGCUACAUAAGGCUCCAGCGGCUUUCGGCCUGGUCUCGUUCCUGAUGCACGCCGGCCUCGAGAGGAACCGCAUCCGCAAACACCUCCUGGUGUUCGCCCUGGCAGCCCCCGUUCUCGCCAUGAUCACGUUUUUAGGCCUCAGUCAGAGCAGCAAAGAAGCCUUGUCGGACAUCAACGCCACCGGGGUGGCCAUGCUCUUCUCCGCCGGCACCUUCCUCUAUGUGGCCACCGUUCACGUUCUCCCCGAGGUCGGCGGCGGCGGCCACAGCCACGCCGCCGCCGCCGGGGGCAAUGGCGGGAAGGGUCUGAGCAAAGUGGAGGUGGGCGCUCUGGUUCUCGGCUGCCUCAUCCCUCUGGUGCUGUCGGUCGGCCACCACCAUUAGAGCGGCGGAGCGGGGCCCCGGGGGGCCGGACUCUGGACGCGUGUACAGAGGGAGAGACGCUGGAAUCGAGCCUUCAGACCUUGCGGGUUUAAAUUGUCUCGCUGCCGGACCAGACGGAUGUCGCUGCAGGGACUCGAUGGACAACCGGAACGAGACGACCAGGGGACACAGCGAUGUUUUAUCUGUCGACACAAUACGCAUACUUUCUACCCAAAAUCUUAAGUUGAGACGUCGAUUUUUAAAAUUUUUUUUUUCCUUUUAGCUUAAUGCGUUCAGAUCCAAGCAGAUUAGAUUAUCAUGCUCGUUUAACUUUCCCACUUCGGUUUUAUCGUCUUUCUUUUUUCUUUUUUUUUUUUUGUUAACUGGGUGGUUGUCGUACAGUGAGAUUUGGUGUCGGUUGAGCUUGUGAUUUAUUUUAAUUUUAUUUUAUUUGCUUGUGAAAAUCAUUUUUCACAAGCAUACAUAUAUAUAUAUAUAUAUAUAUCUGUACAAAGUGUAAAUUCCUCUGAUUUUUUUUUUUCCAAGUGCCAUAAUAAAGAAACCAGUAGCAGAAGACGGCGGUGGCGUCGCCGUGACAACCAGUGGGGAAAACCCAGACGGACCAGCUUGCAAACCUCUGGGUUUCAGACGUCACUUUGUCAAUCGAGCGUUGCUCUCGAACUUUUCGGACAGCUGAACGGCUCCUCGCCGCCUGCGUCCGCUCCCUGCUCGGUGCAUGCAGAGGCCAAUCCUUAAAGACGGCCGCCAUUCUUUUGCCACGUCGCUCAUUUCUUUGUUUAUGGAUUCACUUUCUAUCUCUAACGGUUUCUUCUCCCUGUAAAACGUGCUGUAAAUGAAAGCAUUGUGUACAUAUUUGUCUUAAGCGAUCGUGGAGGUCAGGUGGAGGGCAUCUCGAAUGACAAAAGUUUCUUACGGAAGGGAAAAAUGAGACAUUUUUAGGGACCCUAAGCUCAGGAGAAUAGAGUAUAAUGUCUGUGAAGAACUUUUAACCUGUUGGACGAUUCUGUCAAUAAGAAGAAAACGUAAUAAACCAGAAACGCGCGGUGAGGAUUCGGGGUUGGACGGCUUCGUUUUGCUGCGGCGACGCCUGCAAGCGGUGUGCGCAGCGUUAACGCUUGCAAUGCGAUUCCUAAACGCGGCUCCAGGAGGCCCCUGCUGCUUCGACUCCAGUCCCAGUGAAACCGAAAGCCCGUCACAAUCUGAGCGGGCUGCUCAUCUGUCUGUAUGGUGUCGAUGUGCCACUGUACCCAGCACAUCUGCAGCGCGUCUGUAAGCCUGUGCGCUCAAAACGGCGACCUUACUCCACAAGCUCAACGGAGUAUAAAAAAAAUUAUGUGUAUAAACACUUUUUCCUAUAUGAA